AUGGGCUGGUUUUCGGAGUGGCAGAUGCCCUCCUUUGCGGCCUUCCGGAACUGGAUCGGCUUCUUUGUUCUCGGCCUCUUCAACAAUUUUGGGUAUGUGAUAUUCCUGUCGGCGGCGGAGGACAUCAUGAAGGGCAGCAGCGGCGCCGUCUUGCUGGCCGACAUCCUGCCCACACUCUGCACGAAGCUCAUCGCGCCGUUCUUCAUGCACCGCAUCCCCUACUGGCUGCGAGUCGUGGUGUUGACCACCGCUGCUCUGGGCUCGUUCCAGCUGGUGGCUGCCUGGCUGCGCUUGCUGGGCGUGGUGCUGGCCUCCUUCAGUGCCGGUUUCGGCGAAAUCACAUUCCUCGCUCUCGCCUCCUUCUACCCCAAGUUCACGUUGUCGGCGUGGAGCUCGGGUACGGGAGGCGCCGGCGUGUUGGGCGCGGUGGCCUACCUGGGCCUCACCGAGUGGAUCGGACUCUCCUCCAAGAUCUCCCUGCUCGCCGUCUCCCCUCUCCCCGUACUCAUCGCUGUCAGUUUCUUCGUUUUCAUUACGGGGGAGCAAAACAAGAAGAAGAUCAUCUACAUACCCGUCUCCGAAGAAGGUAAUCACGCUCCCAACACCGAGAUCGAAAUGGACGAUCUGUCUCCACGAUCGGCGGUGGAGGUGGACGAAGACGACGAGGCUGCGCCGUCGUUGGGUGGCACCUACGCAGCACAGCCGCCGCCGGUUGUCGACACCCGAGGCCUCUCCGUUCAGAUCCUCGAGGACAGCUACGCCGCGCCACCUCCCUCCGGCCUGCCUCUGUUCCGCAUGCGGAUGCGACGCUUCUUCUCCCAAUUCGCGCUCAUCAAGCCGCUGCUGCCCUACAUGAUCCCGCUGUUCUUCGUGUACUACUUCGAGUACGCCAUCAACAGCGGCAUCUCCGCCACCCUCGUCUUCGACGGGUGGGGCUCUGACAAGGUCUACAAGUACUACGGACUCAUGUACCAGAUCGGCGUGUUCGUGUCGCGAUCGUCGGUGGACAUCUUUCCGAUUGAGAAAAUCUGGAUUCCUGGAGUCCUCCAGGCGGCCAAUUUUGUGUUCCUCCUCUGCCAGGCCUACUGGAACUUCGUGCCCUACGUCUACAUCAUCUUCCCCAUCAUCUUCUGGGAGGGUCUGUUGGGCGGAGCGACGUAUGUGAACAGCAUGUACAUGAUCUACAAAACCAUCAGCGACAAGGAUCGCGAGUUCUCGCUGGGAGUGGUCUCGCUCGCCGACGACGUCGGCAUUUCGCUGGCCGCGCUCACCUCGGUCUUCCUCGAGAAGUGGCUCCGCCGACACAACAACAUCCACUGA